GAGUCUUUGUUCAAUCCCAGCGAUAAGCAAGGUUGGACUAAGUUUAGAACGCAAAGCAUUUGGACCACAUAGACAGGCCGAGUAUUGUGGCUUACUCUAGCUGCAGCACAUCUUCCAUGUUAAUACUAUUGACAUCGGCGGCGUUAACAACGAAAGCCGAAGACUCUGUCCAGAAGUUGAAGCGCGGCCUUUCAGACUCUAACCAUCAGCCUCUGUACACCAAGCAGUACUCACAAAAGCCAUCGUCAGGUGCGCAGCAAGAAUACAUCUACGUCCAACCUCAGGCAUCUGCUGCGAGAGAACAGCAGUACACGAUCGUACCACAAGGUAAGGUAUUACCAGCUACCUCGGAGUACCAACAGCAGUACUAUCAGCAGGUGGCAGCACAGUACCAGCAACCACAAGCUCACCAACAAGUACAAGCUCAGCCACAGUACUAUCAAGCGGAGCAGUCUGCUCAACCGGAGCCCAAGUAUGCUACAGUGCAAGUGCCGAGUGCGCAGAAGGUAAGCGAAACAUGAUAUACCUCCUUAAAAUUUAGGUUCUCAGGAAAUGUGUUUUGCAAAGACCUCUC